CAGGGGACGGGGGUAAACGAGCGGGGAGCGCACUGGUCUGCGCGCCGGCGCGUGAGGCGUCGCCGGGGGCCGGCCGAGAGGGCGGACGCGGGAGCUGGGCACGCGGGGCAUGAGCGGCGCCCUCCCCCGGCCUCCCCGAGCGAGGGUCGCGCGGCACGGGGCCUAGCGGCGGGCCUGGAGGCCUGGGCGAGCGCCGGACGCUGCUGCUGCCAGUGCCGGUGCCGCCUGCAGCCGCCAUGGAGGUGAGCGGGCCGGAGGACGACCCGUUCCUGUCGCAGCUGCACCAGGUGCAGUGCCCUGUGUGCCAGCACAUGAUGCCCGCCGCGCACAUCAACUCGCACCUGGACCGCUGCCUGCUGCUCCACCCGGCGGGCCACGCGGAGCCCGCGGCCGGGCCGCAGCGCGCCAAGAGGCGGCGGCUGUCGGAGAGCUCGGCGCUCAAGCAGCCGGCCACCCCGACGGCGGCCGAGAGCAGCGAGGGCGAGGCCGAGGACGGCGACGACGGCGGCGAGACCGAGAGCCGCGAGAGCUACGACGCGCCCCCGACGCCCAGCGGCGCCCGCCUCAUCCCCGACUUCCCGGUGGCGCGCUCCGGCAGCCCCGGCAGGAAGGGCUCGGCCAAGAGGCCGGCGGCCGCGGCGGGCGCGGCGGGCAGCGCGUCCCCGCGCAGCUGGGACGAGGCCGAGGCGCCCGAGGAGGAGGAGGAGGCGGUGGGCGAUGGCGACGCGGACGUGGACGGCGAGGAGGACGCGGGGCAGUGGGGCGCGGACGCCGCCGCCGCUGCCGCUGCGGCCGCCGUGGCCUUCGGGGCGGGCAGCGCGGGGAGGCCCCACUCGCGGGCGCUGGCGGCCGAGGAGAUCCGGCAGAUGCUGGAAGGCAAGCCGCUGGCCGACAAGAUGCGGCCUGACACCCUGCAGGACUACUUCGGGCAGUGCAGGGCCGUGGGGCAAGAGACCUUGCUGCGCUCGCUGCUGGAGGCCAACGAGAUCCCCUCGCUCAUCCUGUGGGGGCCCCCGGGCUGCGGCAAGACCACUCUGGCUCACAUCAUAGCCAACAGCAGCAAGAAACACAGCGUAAGGUUCGUGACGUUGUCUGCCACCAAUGCCAAGACCAAUGACGUGCGCGACGUCAUCAAGCAGGCUCAGAAUGAGAAGAGCUUUUUCAAAAGGAAAACCAUCCUUUUUAUUGAUGAGAUUCAUCGGUUCAACAAGUCCCAGCAGGACACGUUCCUUCCGCACGUGGAGUGCGGGACGAUCACGCUGAUCGGAGCGACCACCGAGAACCCUUCCUUCCAAGUCAACGCUGCCCUCCUGAGCCGCUGCCGGGUGGUUGUGCUGCAGAAGCUGCCCGUGGAGGCGAUGGUGACUAUUUUAAUGCGCGCGGUCAACUCGCUGGGAAUCCACGUCCUGGACUCUAGUCGGCCCACUGACCCUCUGAGCCACAGCAGCAACAGUAACACCGAGCCCUCGGUGCUCAUAGAAGACAAAGCGGUGGACACUCUGGCUUACCUCAGUGACGGCGAUGCGCGCACGGGCUUGAACGGACUGCAGCUGGCAGUGCUGGCCAGGCUGAGCUCUAGGAAGAUGUUCUGCAAGAAGAGUGGGCAGACGUAUUCUCCGAGUAGAGUUCUGAUCACGGAGAACGACGUGAAGGAAGGCCUGCAGCGCUCCCACAUCCUGUAUGACCGAGCGGGAGAAGAACACUACAACUGCAUCUCGGCCCUGCACAAGGCCAUGCGCGGCUCAGACCAGAACGCCUCGCUCUACUGGCUGGCGCGCAUGCUCGAGGGAGGAGAGGACCCGCUCUACGUGGCAAGGAGGCUGGUGAGGUUUGCCAGCGAGGACAUCGGUCUGGCAGACCCGUCUGCGUUAACACAAGCAGUUGCUGCCUACCAAGGGUGUCAUUUUAUAGGCAUGCCUGAAUGUGAGGUGCUUCUGGCCCAGUGCGUCGUCUAUUUUGCCAGAGCCCCGAAGUCCAUUGAGGUGUACAGCGCCUACAACAAUGUCAAGGCCUGCCUGAGGAACCACCAGGGCCCGCUGCCCCCGGUCCCCCUGCACCUGCGCAACGCGCCCACGAGGCUGAUGAAGGACCUGGGCUAUGGCAAAGGCUACAAGUACAACCCCAUGUACAGCGAGCCGGUGGAUCAGGAGUACCUGCCCGAGGAGCUGCGGGGCGUCGACUUCUUCAAGCAGAGGCGAUGCUGACCCUGUCGCCGUCCCCAGGGAGGUGUCCCUCCCUCAGAAGGGCCGGAAAGAAGGAGCCGCGCCCUGGGAAGCUGCUCGCACGGCCCGCUGGCAACUCCUGCAGGGUCACGUUCUGUGCCAGAAAUUCACAAGUUCCGUAGGUGGAGGCAGUACUUCAGCUAAAUGUGUCACAUUGAAAUUGUGUUCAUUUGCACUCUGUGCAACGGUUAUGCUUAUGAAAAUAUCUGGCAGCUUUGUGCAAUGAAUUAAUGUUAUAAGGAAUUAUCUAUUUUGUCAUAGUAUUUAAGUCAUAAUGUCACUUCAGAAUUCAGUUCUGUAGGAUUUCUUUUCCUUUAAAAAAAUGUAUAUUCUGGGUAGUUUCAAUUGGUAAAAAAAAAAAUGUAAUUGUUGUUUAAUACUGCAUAGUGUUUUGGGUAUUUUUUUUAUAUGCAAAGGUCUUCUGAGCCAAUAAAACUAUUUCAAAGUA